AUAUUUGGUGAAAUUGUUUAAUCCCGACAAAUUGGUACCACACCUUCAAAUUUCCCGGAAAGAGAAGCAAAUUUUCUUGUUUCUUUUUAGACUACUGAAAUUCAGCUCCGCGUCAACACGCAAUAUUCAAAAUUUCCUAUGUAGACGAAACUAUGGUCGCACAACUUUCUCAAUAACUAUCAAACUUGAUCUGGGUUUUGCUUAAAUUCCUUAAAGAUCAGAUUUUUUGGGUUGCCUGCCCUCAUCCACCAUUUUAUCUUUCUUGUCCUACCCUCUUCAUUUCUCAUCGUCUCAGAUUGGCUCUGAAAAAUCCCAAGAAAUCCAGCUCCAAAGUUGGUUUCUUUCAUUGAAAUUCAGCACCAAAGUCCUGAUCAGAAAAUGGGUUGUUGUAGCAGCAAACCAAAUGCUCCAAAACCGGGUUCUAAUGGGUAUGGCUUAGCCACAGGUGGUGCUUUGCAUCACCAACCUUAUCAGCAGCCACAGCCAGCGGUUCAGCAUCUGAAAGUCUCAGCCCAACAAACCCACAACCCACCCCCACCAUCCAGACCCCAACCCUUGCCACAACAACCACAGCCACAGCCAAGGCCAAAGCCACAGCCACAGCAGCCAAUCCCUGUUCCAAUUAAACCAGCAGCAGCACCACCAAAUAGCAUUCUCGGGAAGCCCUUUGAUGACAUUAAACAAUACUACACUCUUGGCAAAGAACUGGGCAGAGGCCAAUUUGGCAUCACAUACUUGUGCACUGAGAACUCUACUGGUCACUCUUAUGCCUGCAAGUCAAUUCUCAAGCGCAAACUUGUGAGCAAGAAUGACAGGGAUGACAUCAAGAGAGAAAUUCAGAUUAUGCAGCAUUUGUCUGGACAACCAAACAUUGUGGAAAUCAAGGGGUCUUAUGAGGACAGGUAUUCUGUGCAUUUAGUGAUGGAGCUCUGUGCUGGCGGGGAGCUUUUCGAUAGGAUUAUAGCACAAGGCCAAUAUUCGGAGAGGGCAGCAGCUGCAAUUUUGCGUGACAUUGUCAAUGUUGUGCACAUUUGUCACUUUAUGGGUGUGCUUCAUCGUGAUCUCAAGCCUGAGAAUUUCUUGUUGUCUAGCAAGGAUGAAAGAGCAAUGUUGAAAGCAACGGAUUUCGGGUUGUCUGUUUUCAUUGAGGAAGGAAAGGUGUACCGUGAUAUAGUAGGCAGUGCUUACUAUGUUGCUCCUGAAGUGUUGCGGCGUAGUUACGGAAAGGAAAUAGAUAUUUGGAGUGCAGGAGUUAUUCUGUAUAUUCUACUGAGUGGUGUACCUCCAUUUUGGGCUGAAACUGAGAGGGGUAUAUUUGAUGCCAUAUUGGAAGGAGUAAUUGACUUUGAAAGUCAACCAUGGCCAUCAAUAUCAGACAGUGCCAAGGAUCUAGUUAGAAAGAUGCUAACACAGGACCCAAGAAAGAGAAUUACUUCUGCAGAAGUUCUAGAGCAUCCCUGGCUCAGAGUAGGUGGAGUAGCAUCAGACAAGCCAAUAGAUAGUGCAGUUCUCUCUAGAAUGAAGCAAUUCAGGGCAAUGAACAAGCUCAAGCAACUUGCUUUGAAGGUCAUAGCAGAGAAUCUAUCUGAAGAAGAAAUUAAAGGUCUUAAAGCAAUGUUCACCAAUAUGGACACUGACAAGAGUGGUACAAUAACUUACGAAGAACUGAAGACAGGUUUAGCGCGUAUUGGGUCGCGUCUGUCAGAAGCCGAAGUUAGGCAACUCAUGGAUGCUGCUGAUGUGGAUGGAAAUGGAUCGAUUGACUACAUUGAAUUUAUAUCUGCUACUAUGCACAGACAAAGAUUAGAGAGAGAUGAGCACCUGUACAAAGCAUUUCAGUAUUUUGACAAGGAUAGCAGUGGGUAUAUUACAAGAGAUGAAUUAGAGGCUGCUAUGAAGGAGCACGCAAUGGGCGAUGAAAACACCAUAAGAGAAAUAAUUUCGGAGGUUGAUGCAGAUAAUGACGGGAGGAUCAACUAUUCGGAGUUCUGUGCAAUGAUGAGAAGUGGAACUCAACAACCAGGAAAGCUCUUUUAAUGCCACUAAUGGGUGCUUCUGAAUUUUACAAGCGGAAGUGAAUUAUCAUGGAUGUGACCUGCGUUAGUGAGUUUAACUGUUACCAGAGCAUUAUCACUGGGAGGUAUGAGAUAGACUAGACCGUUGUGAAUCUUGAUUGAAAAAUGCGCAGUUUUAGCAUGUGAAGAUAGAGUUUGGUUUUGAUUACUUGGGUUGUGUUUCUCUGCAUCUAUUUACCGUUUAUCUUAUUUUUUGAAGUUCCUGUUCAAUCUUGUUUUGAACUUUUUGCCUGAAUAUACAAUGAUUUUGUUUAACUGAAAA